AUGUAUUUGGAAACUAGAAGGGCUAUUUUUCUUCUUUGGAUUCUUCUCCAAGUUCAAGGAACCAAAGAUCUCUCCAUUAAAAUAUACCAUUCUGAAACUAAAGACAUAGACAAUGCCCCAAGAAUCGAAACAACCGAAAGUACUGCAAAAAUGUUCAAAGUGUCAACCAUGAAACGAAUAUUCGAUUUGGCCAAGCAUCGAACAAAAAGGUCAACAUUUUUCCCAACUGGGGUUAAAGUCUGUCCACAGGAAUCCAUGAAACAGAUUUUAGCCAGUCUUCAAGCUUAUUAUAGAUUGAGAGUGUGUCAGGAAGCAGUGUGGGAAGCAUAUCGGAUCUUUCUGGAUCGCAUCCCUGAGCCAGGGGAAUACCAGGACUGGGUCGGCCUCUGCCAGCAGGAGACUUUCUGCCUCUUCGACAUCGGAAAAAAUUUCAGCAAUUCCCAGGAGCAUCUGGACGUUCUUCAGCAGAGACUAAAACAGAGACACUUCCCUGAGAGAAAAGAUGAAGCAUCUACAGAGGAGACAUUCGGAGAGCCUGGUGAGACCCCUGUGUUUUCUACAGACGUUGCCAGUGUCUCUCUCGGACCCUUCCCACUCACUCUGGAUGACACACUCCUCGAUGACACAAAGAUGCCUACAAUAGAAAGAAAAGUAGAACCCACUAAGAUAUCCGAGGGCCCACUGGAGCAGAAGGUGUUGCUGAGCGUCACUCUGGCAAACCAGAAGCUCGAGGCAGAACUCACUGACUCCCAGUCCCCGUAUUAUCAGGAGCUGGCAGCAAAGUCUCAGCUUCAGAUGCAAAAGGUAUUUAAGAAACUUCCAGGAUUCAAAGAAAUCCAUGUGCUAGGAUUUAGACCAAAGAAAGGAAGAGAUGGUUCAAGCUCCAUAGAGACAAGGCUUAUGGCCGUCUUUAAGAGAGACAGUGAAGAAUCAAAAAGCCCUGAGAGUGACCUCCUGUCUUUUGAUUCCAACAAAAUUGGAAGUGAAGGAGCCCCUCACGGAAUGGAGGAGGAGGACAAGCAACCAGAAAUCUAUCUCACAGAUUUAGACCUCAAAAAGCUGAUCAGCAAAGCACUAGAGGAAGACAAAUCCUUGGAUGUGGAAACAAUCCAGUUCAUUGAUGAAUUUUUUGGGUCAUUGCCAGGCACCGAUCCUGACUUCCAGUCAGUGCUGCCUACACUCCUUGCUGAUAUCACAAAGGAUGCUACUUUGAGUCCAGAACUUCCUUUUGGUCAAUCCAGGCUUGAGACAGUGGACAGAACAGGACAUGGUAUACCUGACAGUUCUUUGUCUCCUCUUGCUAAGGCCUCUGCUUUGCUAUCAGACAUUCUACCUUUCUUUACACCAUCCAGCAUCUUCUCUCUGACUGACCAAAACACCAUAGACAUAAUGCCCAUUGAUCAGACAGUACCAAUCCCAAGACUAAUCAUCCCCACAGAUGGCUAUUCUGCCAUCAGCCAGUCAGCUCUGGAAAUUUCACAUUCAACUGCAUCUUCAGGCAGCCAAGAUAGCAGGAGAGACUUAGACAUAAUGGAUCUAACGAACACUCCCGCCUCUUCUGAGGUGCCAAGACUCAGUGGGGAUGUUUCUACCACAGGUCAUUUCUUGGAGACUACAACUCUCAAUCCAGCUUUACAGUACAUCACCACUAGCUCUAUGACCAUUGCCCCCAAGGGCCAUGAACUGGUGGUGUUCUUCAGUCUGAGAGUCGCCAACAUGCCCUUCUCCAACAACCUGUUCAACAAGAGCUCUCUGGAGUACCAAGCUCUGGAGCAACAAUUCACACAGCUGCUGGUUCCAUAUCUACGUUCCAAUCUGACAGGAUUUAAACAACUUGAAAUACUUAACUUCAGAAAUGGGAGUGUGAUCGUGAACAGCAAAAUGAGGUUUGCAAAGUCAGUGCCCUAUAACCUCACCAAGGCUGUGCAGGGGGUCUUGGAGGAUUUUCGUUCUGCUGCAGCCCAACAACUUGAACUGGAGAUAGACAGCUACUCUCUCGACAUUGAACCAGCCGACCAAGCAGAUCCCUGCAAAUUCCUGGCCUGUGGCGAAUUUGCCGAGUGUGUAAAAAACGAGCGGACCGAGGAAGCUGAGUGUCGCUGCAGGCCAGGGCACCAGCACCACCGGGACUCGGGCCUCUGUGGCCCCACCGAGGAGUGUGAGGUCCUGCGGGGAAAGGGAGUUCCAUGCAGGUCACCAGGUCACUCUAAAAAUCAAGCAUACAAAACUAGUGUUAAAAAGUUCCAACAUCAGCAAGAUAACAAGAUAAUCAGGAGAAGAGAUUCUGAAUUACUGACUGGAGGAUAUGAAGAAUUUAACCUUCAAGAUUGGGAAGGAAAUUAAAAACUAAAAAUAUACAAAUAAUCUGUCUCAAGAGAAGUGGUUUGCUUUCUCAAGGAAAAUUGUAUCCACUCCAUUAAAAUUCUGAAAACACAGGCAGGCAUAUUCACUGGUCAUCAGAAUCCAGGCAUAGAGUCAACACUGAGAACCAACACAUACCAUGUUUCAAAUAGAGAAGAAUCGUGUACUUGAUGACUGCUACAUUCUGCAGAAAAAGAAGCUUAUUAUCAAAACCCAAAACACAAUCAUUAAAACAUAUUUCAGCCACUCCAGACUGAUAGUCAAAGAAUAGCAAGACAGAUUUGCUUCCAGCUGCCCUUAAAAUAGUGCUUCCAGAUCAUAUACAAGUGCAACGUACUUAUUAUUUGGAGGAGGUUGAACAAUGUAUCAGGAAGCAAAAUUCUUCAUGUUACAAUGUUCAUAAAAGAGGACUACUUAUGC